AUGUCAUCGGCCGCCAACGCCAACGCUUCUUCACUCUGCAAUUUCAGCGGUUCAUCGAGGAGGCCGCUGCCGCCUUGCUGUCUUACUGGACGACGUCGGAAGAGUUGUACUGUUCGAAGAAUUCGAGCUCUAACUUCUUCAUCAAUUUCUGAUUUCUUUGGAAGCAUGAGACUUACCUCAACCCCAAAGUUGUUGAAUUUACAACACAAGCAGAGCAAAAGAAGUUUAUCUGUUUUCGCCAUGGCCGCUGAGGAGAAGAGAGCAGUGCCAUUGAAAGACUAUCGUAAUAUUGGAAUCAUGGCUCAUAUAGAUGCUGGGAAGACGACUACCACUGAGCGAAUCCUAUACUAUACUGGUAGAAACUACAAAAUCGGGGAGGUGCAUGAAGGAACAGCAACAAUGGACUGGAUGGAGCAAGAACAAGAGAGAGGUAUUACCAUUACUUCUGCUGCAACUACGACCACCACAGUAACAACCCCAUUACCGGAAAAUACCAACUGCAACCAUGACCUACAAACCUCCAUUGUAGAGCUUGCAACCCGCCAUCGCAGCAUGCAAAUUUAG